GUUGUUUUCGACUCCUGGUGCCUACCGCUCUUCCUGAAGCUCCAUGCUAUUUUGCCCCUCUUGGCUCAAGUCCUUCUUACUCAAGCUAAUUCGGGAAGUCGCCGUCGCGCCUGCACAACUCAUCGCCCCCUCGAAUGUCCUCGAAGGGCGCCCCGGCGGAGCUGCUGGUCCAAACACACACGUCGGACAGCGAGUCCUCCUGCUCGUCGACGCCACAGCUCGCCGCCGAGGAGGAGAAGACGCUCCAGUUACCUCCCCUGAAGAGUCUGAUCAAGCUGACCACGGCAGCCUGGUUUGUCCUCGGGUGGAUGCUGUUCGUGGGCAAGGACAGGCUCACCGGCGCGUCUGAUGCCGGGGGCGUGACCGCAGUCUUGUACUGGCAGGCCCAGAUAAUCACGACCGUCGGCUACGGUGACUUGUGCCCCGCUUCGAACGACAGGCGGCUUAUGGUGGCGUUCUACGUGCUGGUGGGGAAUGUGAUUGCCGGCGUGGGCGUGAUGGACUACUUGACCAGUAUGCUGGCCCAGGGGGCGGAGGAGACCAAGAAAGGCAUGCUCUCGAAGGCACUCGCGAAGUCGGUCGCCGCCACGGGUGGGGGCUCGGCAGCUCCUCCGCAGGAGGCGCCCGCCAAAGCGAGGGCGAUGCGCGGGCCCCCCCCCCUGGUGAAAGCGCUCGUGGGAUUCCUGGCGAUGAUCUUGGUCGGGACAGUCUUUUUCAGCUUUGCGGACUACUGCAUCUGCGAUGAUUUUGAUGCGUGCGACGUGAUUCUCCCUUUCGGCGAGACGCAGGGAUGUCUGGACCUCGGCGGAACUCCGCGCUCCGUGACCCAGGCGUUUUACAUGUCUGUCAUUACAUUGACCACUGUUGGGUUUGGUGAUGAUGUUCCCGGUAACUGGGUGGGUCGGCUUUUUGCCACCGUCUGGAUGAUGGUUGGAGUCGCUUCUAUGGGCUAUUAUCUCGGUCAGAUCGCGAAGGCGGUGACUUCAAAUUAUGUGAAAAGUUCUGUUUCGACUGGCAUGAGUGAAGAGACUUUCCGGAUGAUCGAUGCUGACAACACGGCGCCCUGUCAACGUACGAAUACGUAGUGUACAUGCUGCUGAAUCUGACUGGUACCUGCGCGACUGAAGCUCGAUUCUGGCAGCCUGGUGGCCCCACAAGGGGUCGGCGGAUUUCAAUAUGGUUGACGCGAACGACGUGCAAGAGUUGGUCGACGGGUUCAACGAGAUGGACCAGAACCAGAGCGGCACGUUGGAAUACACGGAAGUUAUGGGAACGACGUGCAAGAGCUGAUCGACGGCUCAGUGAGAUGGACAGGAACCAGAGCGGCACGUUGGAAUACAUGGAAGUUGCGGCGCAAUAGCAUCACCACCACCAAUAGCAGUACCGCAACCAGUGGCGCCAGCACUGACAGUCGCUGGGGCACCCUUCUCUUUUUACUUUUGAGGCACGGCGGUCCGUGACUGACCCUCUGACCUCGGCAGUUUUGAGCACCCCGUCCUCGACGCGCGCCCCCGUUGACGAUGCGCGGGUGCCUUCGUGGUUUGGCCGCGUUGCUUGUGCGCGCUUGUCAUUAUGCAUGACAUGGCUGAGCCUUCAUGGCUCCAGCCUGUCCGCGGCGUCAAUCUUUAAUGCAGCCAUGCCCUUUGCUUUUCGUUCUCGGCUUGCUUCUGCCUCCUGCCUUCUCCGCCCCCCGUGAGUCCUCGUUGCUCCUGCGCGUGCUCCGCCAGCUGGCGUAGUCUCGCGUGUACUAUCUCAUAGCCUUCGGGCCAGUUCGGCCACCGUUCCUGGGUUCUUGCUCAGGGUUCUCAGGGAUCCUUCUGAGGUUCUCUUCGGAGCAACCUUGGGUCCAGGGCCCCUUACAGACUCCGCAGGAGUGAGGAUUGAUGCUCAGAGGAUUGGGCAAAGGACCUGAAGACACGCCCACUCCGUGCCCAGCGGCACGGUGGCAGAAUAUUCCAAGCAUUGUUCCCUGUCAUGGGGUGUGGCUCUAUAUUUAAAGCGCUCGUGAUGCACGCGUCGGCGUAUCAACCAAAAAGAUUUGAAUGCAGUUUCAAUUUCUCCGCUUUCGAUCCUGGAGACCAUGGACUUGCAAGCCUGCAUCCUGGAAGCAAGCCCUUCAAGCCCAGCAGCAGCUUUUUUCUGGCUCCGAAGCGUCGUUUUUUUCGAACCCCGGCGCGCGACGGGCCCCUUUUGGGAGCCUCAGAUCAGCUUGCUGGGCACAUGCAGUUUGUCUGUCGGAGCCCCAGGGCCCUCCUCUCUGCCUUGUCUCGGUCGCUUCCCUCGCUUCCCUCCUCCCUUGCCUCCCCGCCUUCCGGCCCCCGACAGAGGCUGGAACCCGUUCGCCCAUCAAUCUUCUCGGUGACCCGUUUGGGGUCCCCAGGUACCGGCAGCGAGCCGACUCUUACCGAUACCGAUACCGAUCCCCACCUUCCCCUGCUUCCCUCCCCCUCGGAGAUUCGACUCAACGGUCUGUGCUGGCAUGCGGGUUCAUAUUUUCGGGCCGCCCG